AUGAGGCAGAUACUGAAGGAAGAACCUGUACCACCACGUGCUUGGCCGCAGCCCGCGCUCGCCGACAACGGAACGGUUGGCGUGGGUCGUGCGCAUUUCGAGAAACAACCGCCGAGCAAUUUGAGGAAGAGCAAUUUUUUCCAUUUCGUAAUCGCCCUUUACGAUCGACACGGUCAGCCGAUCGAGAUUGAAAGGACGUCGUUCAUGGGCUUCGUCGAGAAGGAUCAGGAAUCGGAAGGUCAGAAAACAAACAACGGCAUUCAAUACAGUCUGCAUCUACUUUACUCCAAUGGUGUCAGGCAAAUACAGGACAUCUACGUCAGGCUUAUAGAUUCCGCGACGAAACAAGCGAUCAUGUACGAAGGACAAGACAAAAAUCCGGAAAUGUGCCGCGUUCUGUUAACGCACGAAGUCAUGUGCAGUCGAUGCUGCGAUAAGAAGAGCUGCGGCAACAGAAACGAAACGCCCAGCGAUCCUGUCAUCAUCGACCGAUUCUUCCUCAAGUUCUUUCUUAAGUGUAACCAAAACUGCCUCAAGAACGCCGGCAAUCCACGCGACAUGAGACGCUUCCAGGUGGUCAUUUCUACGCAAGUGGGUGUAGAGGGUCCACUGCUGGCGGUCUCGGACAAUAUGUUUGUUCACAACAACAGCAAGCACGGGCGCAGGGCGAAACGUCUGGACCCGAGCGAUCCUAGCGAGUAUAAUAGCUUAUAUCCGCCACUACCUCUUCAAACACCGUGCAUAAAAGCGAUAUCGCCUAACGAAGGCUGGACGUCGGGUGGAUCCACCGUCAUAAUCAUCGGUGAAAACUUCUUCGACGGAUUGCAAGUUGUUUUCGGAACGAUGUUAGUUUGGAGUGAGUUUAUCACUCCACACGCGAUCAAAGUUCAGUCACCAGCACGGCAAAUACCCGGCGUUGUUGAGGUCACGUUACAUUACAAGAGCAAGCAGUUCUGCAAAGGACAGCCUGGUAGAUUUGUCUAUGUCUCGGUAAACGAACCCACGAUCGACUACGGCUUCCAAAGGUUACAGAAGCUUGUUCCGCGACAUCCGGGUGACCCCGAAAAGCUUCCAAAAGAGAUAGUAUUGAAGAGAGCGGCGGACUUAGCGGAAGCCCUUUAUAGUAUGCCUAAGAGCGGAAACAUGGGAAUCACGGGAGCGCCCAGAAGUCCGGGUUCGGUGCACGCACCCGCGCCUCCCACAUCUAGUUCGGCAACGGCGUUUAACUCGUACACGGGUCAGCUCGCGGUGACGGUGCAGGAAAACGGUAGUGCAGCGAAGUGGACGGACGACGGUAGUUCUGUGACAACAGGAGCUACUGCUGGCGGUGGAGCCAGCGGCGGCAGCGGUGACGGAAGUGUCGGUGGUAACGUCGGCGGCAGUGCCGAUGCUUACAGACAAAGUAGCAGCGCAAGUCCACGUGGCGUCGUAACCGGCGGUGGUUAUUGUGGUAGUUCAGCGAGCACGCCACACAGUCACAGUACCAACGGAAGUUAUUCCGUCGCCAAUCCGUACACCGGCAGUCCGACCCUCUACACCUCGCGACUAGGAGAAGUGGUCGGAUCGCCCUUCAACAUGAAUCCAUUUAUGUUGCCCACCUGCAGCCAAGGAUAUUCAGCCGCCGCCAGUCCGCUGCUUUCGUCAAACGGCAAAUAGUGUUACGAGAUGUAAACUCCGACGAAGAUGUAAACGGGAACACGGCCCUCGCGAAGACACUGUACGAUGAUAAUCCAGCGAAUUCUUGC